AUGGCUGAGUCCGCCCUUAUGGAAGUAUCAUCCCCGAAAUCAGAAUUUUCAUCUUUAAAAGAAUUUGUGGUGCAGCUGAUAUCCUCUAGGACAAAUCUAAAAUCCAUAGUAUCGGAUAAUUCAGCUAAUCUCAACCCAAACCAACCGGCGUCAUCAUCAAACCAGGGACACUUAGCGAAAAAGGGAAAGACUACCACUUGCAGUAGUAUCGAGGACGUGAUCGAAGUUCUUCUUACUAGUAUUCGUGGGGUUACUGUUGCUAGAGGAAUUGUCUUGAGUAAGGAUCCGCUCACAAAAGUAGGUGGGUUCCCACUUGGAAAUGGUUUUUGGGAAGUAUAUAUUCAGGUGGCAAUUGUUCGUGAAGAGACUUUGAUGAGACCCUAUGGACGAUACAGAACAAUUGGGGAUGUGGAUGGAACAAGUAUUUGUUGGCCUAAUUGUUGUUGUUUGGUUGUGACAGCUAUGGAUUGAGCUAAAUGGAGGGAUCUCUCUCUCUCUCUCUCUCUCUCUCUCUCUCUCUCUCUCUCUCCCUC